AUGUCACACGACGCGGUGCGGCGCCGCACCGCAGAUAUAUUGGCAAAGGACUUGCCGCCUCCUUACCAGGAAAAUGAGGAAAUCGCGCCGCAGCCGCAGCCCGACGAGCAACAAGCUUUGGAACAGCAACCAUGUGAAGUGCUAGACCUGCUGGCAAACUGCAGGGUUACCGCGGGAGAGAGCGAGUCGGAAAUAGAAUACGCUGAGAUAGGAGACAUGGGAGUCUGGCAUUCGACGCCAAUAGCCAGACAUAAAUCCAAAAUAUCUCUAACAUGGGUAUUGAAAGAAAAUCUACAGAAGACAGAAGAAAAACCGAGAACUUACGAACGAAGAAGCGACUUCAUAGACAGAAAAGAAAUAGAUAACAGAGAAAAAAGGAUAGAAGAGAGACUAAGAACGGGAGAGAGAAAGAAAGAUAGAGUUGCAGGUCGAAAUGAGUUCUAUCAUAAUCUAAGGUUUAAGAACGCGUACGAUGAAUUUGUUAAUGGACAUUCCGGUUCGGAUACGAGCGUGGGGUCGGAAGAGAGAGAAGAGAUAAGAAAGAAACACAGGCACAGACACAGAAGAAAGAGACGGAGCAAGUUCGGGUAUGACAUACGGGAUCUGGAUGGAUUCUUAAGCGAAGCAACAAUCGACCGUCCCGGCAACAUACCAGUAGUCGUGGCGUUUCCCACCACUCUCUACCAGACCCACCAUCACCAACAACGAGAGUUAACUCUGGCGCUGGGGACCGUCGUGAACGCGGUGUUCAAGAACCAGCACUGGUUAUAUGUCCAGACACCGCACGGGGAUGAGGGGUAUAUUAUGUAUAGCGCAUGUCUGCCGUUGGGGAUAUUGCCGAGCAAAUCGUCGUUGCAGAAGAAGACACCCUGCUGGGAGAGCAGCACGGACAUCUACCCGCGGCCUUGCGGAAACCUGACGGACAACGAGAAAGAACAGCUACGAGGCAGAACCCGCUCUGAGACGCGACACAGAACCAAAGACAGAAAAUACAAAACCAGUUGCGCGGAAAAGGACUUUGAUACCUUAUAUUUAAAGACCAAAUCCGUUUGCUCCAAUAUCGAUAAAGUGCACGAAAAGGAGGUGAAAAAAACAAAAAGACAGACUUUGCUAGUGGUUAAUAGUGAUUUCAAAGGUAGCUACCGGAAUAGAACUUUGAGUGUGAAGAAAGGUGACGUGGUGGUUCUACUCCAAGGAAGUGGUGUGGAGAGUGAUGUUGAUCUAGAGUGGUUCUAUGUGAAAAACAAAGAUGGCUGCCAAGGCUUCAUACCCGCUGCUGUGGCUGGCCACGGCUAUAUUUAA